GUCUGUGGAAAAGUAAAAAGCCACGUUCACGUUCCUAUCCGUAAGGACAGACGGAUUGAAGGAGUCGCACUUCCCAGCGGAGGAAGCCCAAGCUGCCCCGCACCCCCGGGCGCCCCCUCCCACUCCCCCAGCUGACUGCGCUGCCUUGGGGAAGCUUAAUAGCCUGGCUGAAGUUGUUUUUCCUUUCCGGUGGCCCUGAUCAGGUGUCCCCGCCCCCUCCCGCCGUCCGCCUUCCCUAGCAGCCUUCUCCCGACGCCCCCUCCUGGCCCGGCCCCUCCUCCCCCGCCCCCCUCCGGGCUGGACCGCGGAUGGUACGUUCCGCACGUGAGCUGGGUGCUGGUCUGGCCGGCGACGCGCGUGCCCUGUGGCCAAACACUGCCCGGAGUGAGAGCAAACUACCAGCGCAGUGGAGCCAGCGCGAGUGUGCGUGCGUGUGUGUGCGUGUGUGUGCGAGAGAGCGAGCGCGGAGGGAGGGGGGGACCAACUGCUUCACACUUUCAACACUGCACUGAAGAGGGAGAGAGAGAGAGAGACUGGAGACGUACAGAUUCCCCCCAGGAUCUCCCAGGGCUACCGUCCCACAGAUUAUAGAACAGAACCCCAAAAAUCGAAACAGAGGAAACGGACAGCGAUUGAACAUGGACGAAGGAAUUCCUCAUUUGCAAGAAAGACAGUUACUGGAACAUAGAGAUUUUAUAGGACUGGAUUAUUCCUCUUUGUAUAUGUGUAAGCCCAAAAGGAGCAUGAAGCGAGACGAUAGCAAGGAUACCUACAAAUUACCGCACAGAUUAAUAGAAAAGAAAAGAAGAGACCGAAUUAAUGAAUGCAUUGCUCAGCUGAAAGACUUACUGCCUGAACAUCUAAAGUUGACAACUCUGGGGCAUCUGGAGAAAGCGGUAGUAUUGGAAUUGACUUUGAAACACUUAAAAGCUUUAACAGCCUUAACAGAGCAGCAGCAUCAGAAGAUAAUUGCUUUACAGAAUGGGGAGCGAUCUUUGAAAUCGCCCAUUCAGUCCGACUUGGAUGCGUUCCACUCGGGAUUUCAAACAUGCGCCAAAGAAGUCUUGCAAUACCUCGCCCGGUUUGAGAGCUGGACGCCCAGGGAGCCUCGGUGUGUCCAGCUGAUCAACCACUUGCACGCCGUGGCCACCCAGUUCUUACCCACCCCGCAGCUGUUGACUCAACAGGUUCCUCUGAGCAAAGGCACCGGCGCGCCCACCACCGCCCCCGCCGGGUCCGUGGCCGCCGCUUGCCUGGAGCGCGCGGGGCAGAAGCUGGAGCCCCUCGCCCACUGCGUGCCGGUCAUCCAGCGGACUCAGCCCAGCGCCGAGCUCGCCGCUGAGAACGAUACAGACACGGACAGCGGCUACGGCGGCGAGGCCGAGGCCCGGCCAGACCGCGAGAAAGGCAAAGGCGCGGGGGCGAGCCGCGUCACCAUCAAGCAGGAGCCCCCCGGGGAGGACUCGCCGGCGCCCAAGAGGAUGAAGCUGGAUUCCCGCGGCGGCGGCGGCGGUCCGGGGGGUGGCGCGGCGGCGGCGGCAGCCGCGCUCCUGGGGCCGGACCCGGCCGCUGCAGCCGCACUGCUAAGACCCGACGCCGCCCUGCUCAGCUCGCUGGUGGCGUUCGGCGGAGGCGGGGGCGCGCCCUUCGCGCAGCCGGCGGCUGCUGCAGCCCCCUUCUGCCUGCCCUUCUACUUCCUCUCGCCUUCCGCGGCCGCCGCCUACGUGCAGCCCUUCCUGGACAAGAGCGGCCUGGAGAAGUACCUGUACCCGGCGGCGGCCGCCGCCCCAUUCCCACUGCUAUACCCCGGAAUCCCCGCCCCGGCCGCCGCCGCCGCAGCUGCAGCCGCCGCAGCCGCCGCAGCCGCCUUCCCCUGCCUGUCCUCAGUGUUGUCGCCCCCUCCGGAAAAGGCAGCGGCCGCCGCCGCCGCGACCCUCCUGCCGCACGAGGUGGCGUCCCCCGGAGCGCUGCACCCCCCGCAUCCGCACGGCCGCACCCACCUGCCCUUCGCCGGCCCCCGUGAGCCCGGGAACCCAGAGAGCUCCGCUCAGGAAGAUCACUCGCAGCCAGGAAAGGAAAGCCCCUGAUUCCUCGCGCCCCUUUCUUAGAAAGGACCAGAGUUCACGCGGAAUAAUAAUAUUAAUAAGUUAAACCACCCUUAACGUUUUUAAGGGAGGAAGUGUAAUAGAUGCACGACAGGCUUUUUUUUUUUUUUAAGAAAACAACACAGGUGUUUUGUGUACAGUUGGAGUUCCUGUUUUGCUCAUCCCUCACCAGCCCACCGCCCUCCACACACAUCCCUUUCUUCCCCCGCCAGCUGUAAAAGAACCUCUGUGAUACUGAUUCUUUUUUCUUUGAAGAACUCCCCAGAAUAAGUUUUGCCUUCUUUUAGGCCACGCUCCAUUGUCUUUUAAAAUAUAAAACCUAAUUCUCGAGGAAGUGAGAAGGGUCUGCUCUACGAGUGAGCUCACUGAACCAGGGUAGGGGAAGGUGGCCGAGGAGGUGACAUGCAACCGCAGGAAGCUGUUCUCUGCCUAGGUCUCAAAACUGUCCUGCUCGCUUGAGGAGGCUUUCCACAAACAGAAGGAGGACCUUUUAGAAUUCAGUUUACUCUUCAGUAUUUUAUAAUGUUCAGCUUUUUAAAAGGCUAUAUUUUUCAAAGAGGAAGGGGUGAGCAUGCAGUCGCUCACGUUGCAACCAAUUCUGAAGUGGUUUGAAUGGUAUCCCUUAGUAACUUGCACUUGUUUAAAGAGACGUGGAGUUGGGCCACAGUCAGAACGAAGUCAGGGAAGGAGAUGGAUGAGGAAGGCCAGUCAUUCUCAGUACAUUUGCUAGCACUUUAUUGAGAAAUUGACCAUGAAUCAACUCGUCUUAACUUCAAAUAUGUAUGUAUAUACACAUACAUAUAUAUAUAUAUAUAUACUGAGUGCAUCUAUUCUCACCCUGUCAUUACUUAAUCCAUCAUGUUCCUAAGUUUGUAUAAUCUUGCUGUUAAAAACAAAAAGAAUGUGCACUGAACUUAAAAAGCAAAAAUAAGUCCAAACUGAUUUAUCCUAUAUUCUGUUUCAUCACAAAAGUGGAGGAAAGCAUUAAACUGGUCAGUUUUGAUUGGAAAUGCUGUAAAGAUGUGGAAUGAAGCCCUGUGAGGCCUUCCUAUCUCCAAGUCUAUGUAUUUUCUGGAGACCAAACCAGAUACCAGAUAAUCACAAAGAAAGCUUUUUUAAUAAGGCUUAAACCAAGACCUUGUCUAGAUAUUUUUAGUUUGUUGCCAAGGUAGCACUGUGAGAAAUCUCACUUGAAUGUUAUGUAAGGGGUGAGACACAACAGUCUGACUAUGAGUGAAAAAAAUAUCUGGGUCUUUUAGUCAGUUUGGUGCAUUUGCUGCUGCUGUUGCUACUGUUUGCCUCAAACGCUGUGUUUAAACAACGUUAUACUCUUAGCCUACAAGGUGGCUCUUAUGUACAUAGUUGUUAAUACAUCCAAUUAAUGAUGUCUGACAUGCUAUUUUUGUAGGGAGAAAAUAUGUGCUAAUGAUAUUUUCAGUUAAAAUAUCUUUUGGGGAGGAUUUGCUGAAAAGUUGCACUUUUGUUACAAUGCUUAUGCUUGGUACAAGCUUAUGCUGUCUUAAAUUAUUAAAAAAAAUAAAUAAAUACUGUCUGCAAGAAACCAGCUGGUUUAGAAAAGUUUAGUAUGUAAAGAUAAACUAGAAAUUAUCUUUAUAUUCUAGUAUUUUCAGCACUCCAUAAAUUCUAUUACCUAAAAUAAAUAUUGCAACGCUAUUUUGUGAUUUUAAAAUUCUUACUAAGGAAUAAAAACUUUAAUAUACGUA